AUGUCAGACAAAAUACAGAUCACUGAAGUUACCCAACUUGAUGCACAUAUUGUGCCCUGUCAGAUUCAUUAUACUGGUGAUGCUAACACCAGUGACUAUUUCACUCCCUCAAAAGUACAACAAGACAAUCAGCAUAUAAGUUACUUCAGAGGAUGUAAAUUCAUGGGUACGAAAAUAGACAUAUCGAAAUAUGAUGGAUAUCUCAUCAACAAAUCAGAAAGUUUGGCUGCUAGUGAUGAUGGAGAUUAUAAGGUGGUCAACACUUAUAAUACAAUUGGAAAGUUCAACGAUUUGAUAGUCUAUGGUCAUGACAGAUUACCUUCACUGACCAGUAAAUAUGUAUUGAUGAAAGAAUGGCAAGCUAUUAGUGAAGCCAUUCACCAAGAAUAA